AUGCGUUCCCAGAAACAAGUACGCCAUGUUGGGAAGGUGCGCUCACUGAAAAAUGCCGCUGCCGGAAAAUGGAAGACAUAUCGGAGACGUCUGGAAGCUAGAAAAGCAUGGCAGAACAAUGCAAUUCUGACCGGACAUCAACAUUCCAGUAAUACACUUGCUCCACCACUACCAACACAUCGAAGAAUCAAGGAGCCGAAACAGCGAUCUCCGGAGAAACUGGCAGAAAGACAGCGUUUGCGGGAGCAAAGACGUCUGGAGAAGAAAUUAGCGAAACAGAGAGCGUCAACUUCAACACUUCCAGAAAUUAGAAAGGAAAAAAAGCUGAAAGUAUCUAGCAAUAAUUCACCGAAAAAGGUAUCAGCUGAGCAGAAAACUGCCGCAAAAACGACUAAGGCUAAAAAUUCGACGAUAAAAGAAACAGCGAAAGCAAAGCAUUUAAUGAAUGAACGAGCCCAGCGUACGGUAAAUAUAGCAAAGCAAGACAUAGUUGCAAAAAAAGUAAAUACAAAGACGAUGAAGGUUUCGAAGUUGCAAAAUGAGUCAAAACCAAGGCACCAGCAUCUGGAGGAAGAGAGACCGGUAUCAACCGAAGAACAGAAAAUAAGCCAAUUGUCAUCUCCACUGAAGCUUGAACAAAAAAAUUGA